AUGACAAGCGAGAGGAUGAGGAGGGCGAAACCUCCGCGAGCAAGCGGGCUCGGCAACGAGGUAGUAACACACGCAGAAGAGGAUGAAGCUUCAGAAUGCUCUUCUACGUCGACGUUCGACUGGGCAGAGGAAGCUGACGAUGAAAGUGCCUUUGACUUCUUUUCCGGCCAAGUCGUGGGGACGAUCCAGGACGGAUCGCCAGAGACCAACAUUGAUGCACCAGGCGCACACGACAAGGACUCGAAUCGUAAAGAUACGUGGCAAUGGCUUCCGCUGCUCGACGUGAAUCACAUUCGCGUGCUGUACAUCGAACCAGCUUCUGGGCCGGAUGACAACAGUCCCGUCAGCUGCCGGUUCGAAAGAGUUUCGCUGGGGGACUAUUGCGACUAUUUCGCCUUAUCUUACACUUGGGGCGAGACCAAGGCCGAUGGGUCUCAUCUAUCUGACGGCAUCACCGUUGAUGGUUACCCUUUCAUGGUUACGUCGAAUCUGCAUAGGGCGCUGCGCAGGCUACGUAGGUGGAGAGGACCAAGUUCUUCUGGUUUACAGAUACCUGCAGUGUGGAUUGAUGCUAUCUGUAUUGACCAGUCUGAUCCGACGGAGAGAAGCCGACAAGUCAUGUUGAUGGACAAGAUAUAUCAAAAUGCUCGACAUCUAAUCAUCUGGCUUGGGGAGCUGGGUGAGGACCCUCAAAAAAUUCUUGAGGACAACAUGAAAGCGUUGGUUGAGCAUAUUGCGGAUGAAGAGGUCGAAGCCGAACGAGCAGCAUUUGUCAAUUUCCAGCUGCGGCAGCGGAGAUACUUCAAACGCCGUUGGGUUAUCCAAGAGGUCUUCUGCUGCAGAGGACCACAUACUCUCUUAGUGGCUGACUACCAGCUUCUGGCGACAAAUGUGACGACUGUCUUGGGACAGCGAGACCAGCCACUCGAAUUCACCACAUACGAUCAGCUUGCAUCAACGUAUGGACGGCUUGCGGCGGUUAGUGACGCUUCUGGCCAUAGUCUUUUCAACCAACUCACGAGCAAGACACUACUGCAGAAUCUUAUUGACUUCGAAGACGCGGAGUGUUCGGACGACCGCGAUAGGGUCUAUGCGCUGAGGAAUGUGAGCUCAGAUGGCAAGCACCUCAAAGUUGAUUAUCGCAAAGAUUCAGAGGAGCUAUUCCGUGCUCUGGCAGCGCAGUGGAUUGCUGCUGGUCAGCUUCGGGUUGUCCUCCAAGCUGCCGUUGCUCAAAGGCUCACAGCAAGUCAUCCAGACAAUCUCGAUGAGAUUAAUGAUAUUUCAACACGUUGUACACCCACCUGGAUACCAAGAUGGCUGCAACGACCUCCCGUCUUCGUCAACGCCCUCCGACUGGAUGCUUUCUUUUCCACGCCUCGCACAAUGGCAUCGCUAGAACCACCUUCCCGAUCAGCAACAGAAAAUCCGAAUCCCUAUGAGGUCGAUGGUAUAUUCCUUCGAUGUCGCGGAUUUGUACUGGAACCCUGCGAACACCAUGAGAAUGUACCAGCCGGGCCUCUAGACGAGAGUUGCAGAUACUGUUUCCUGCUGGAGAUUCUGCGCGAAGGAGGAGCCCGCUCAAUGACGGAUGGCAAGCCCUGGUCGCUGGGCGGUAUAUGUUGCGUUCUGGUCCAUUCGAACCUCGCAUUUGGAGUGAGCCGGACAGGCCACGAGGGUCCUUCGACUUGGGAAAGGGCAUAUUCUGUGAGAACGCGUAUAUAUGACAUGCCGAUGAAGGAAGGUGCUUGGUAUAAUCCAUCGGAUGGACGAUCCGUUGCGGCAUUUGCACCAGGUACAGUGACUCUAGUCUAG